UUUCUUUCUUUCUUUCUUCCUCUCUCUUUCAACUUCUUCCAUCUCUCUCUCCCACCUUGUAUCAUCUCUUUUUAUUUUUAUUUGCCUCCACAACUCUCUUCCUUGUGCAUCAGAAAUAAUAAAAGAUUUGCAGUUUUUCAAUCGACCAUUGUAAGAGGAGGAGCCGGCACCAACAUCGCAGCGCCGGCGGCCAUUGUCUCUCUCGCAUUCAUCGUUAUGGCAGACAAGGGCCGUCCGUUGCCAAAGUUCGGGGAGUGGGAUGUAAAUGAUCCAUCAUCUUCAGAAGGGUUCACAGUUAUAUUUAACAAGGCCAGGGAUGAGAAGAAGUCCGGUGGAAAGUCUGACUCCCCAGCCAAUGCUAAAUCCAACACUAAGCAUAGACAACAGCAAUCUGCCACCCUUGGCAAACCUCAGUCCAAGAAAUGGCUUUGCUGCAUACAAGUUGUGGCCUCAGACUAAAAUAAAGCGGCCCUCAAUUAUCCCAAAACGGAAUGAUUCAUCAUCAAUGCAAAACCCUAGUCCCAAAUCCACCCAUUGCAUUGUAUGAAAAAUGAGAGAAAUCCAAGCUCUAUUAGCUCGAAGUAGAAGAAGAUGGGAAGAAGAGAGAGAAUAAACUAUGAUAAUGGGUUAUAUUCUUUUUUGGGGGUGUUUUAUUUAAAUUUGCGUUGAUGUUGACAUUUGUGCUAUUAUUUUAGUUAUAAAAGAUAAAGAAACGCUUUGUUUGGGGGGCUAAGUGAAAGGGAGAUGAAAUUGGUGGCGUUGUUGGGCCAGCAUACAAUGAAAAUAGUGGGAAAUUUGAGGGGUAAUUAAAAGAAAGAAAAAGUACAGGGAGUCAAUGACAAAUUUGUUAUGUUUUGUUUUCUAUUGCGAUUUUGUUUUAUUAUGUAAUGGUUUGGUGGAUUCUUUCUUUUUAACGUUUAUGUUAAUUUCAAUCUUCGACAUAAUAAUUUUCUUUCAUAUUUUA